GCUCUUCCCCGCUCGCUCGCUCGCGCCUCGCUCUCAGAAGCUCCCAGUCCAGACACACGCACGGCGCUGUCCUUUCAGCACCACAAAGCUCGGGCUGUGGAGGCAGGACUCCUGGCUGUCCUCCUCCUCUUCAAAUCGGCUUGAAUCUGCUCUGACCCCCAAGAGUGCAGCACAGUCUGGGAAGAAAGGCAUAAGGAUGGUGAAGCUGACCAGUACCCCCAGCGAGAAGGGGACCAAGCCGCCUUCAGCUGAGGAUGGCUUCCAGACCGUCCCUCUCAUCACUCCCUUGGAGGUUAAUCACUUACAGCUGCCUGCUCCGGAAAAGGUGAUUGUGAAGACAAGAACGGAAUACCAGCCUGAACAGAAGAACAAAGGGAAGUUCCGGGUGCCGAAAAUCGCCGAAUUUACGGUCACCAUCCUCGUCAGCCUGGCCCUAGCUUUCCUUGCCUGCAUCGUGUUCCUGGUGGUUUACAAAGCCUUCACCUAUGACCACAGCUGCCCAGAGGGAUUUGUCUAUAAGCACAAGCGCUGUAUCCCGGCCUCCCUGGAUGCUUACUACUCAUCCCAGGACCCCAACUCCAGAAGCCGCUUCUACACGGUCAUCAGCCAUUACAGUGUGGCCAAGCAGAGCACUGCUCGGGCCAUUGGGCCGUGGCUGUCGGCGGCCGCCGUCAUCCAUGAGCCCAAGCCACCCAAGACCCAGGGCCACUAGAGGCCCACCCCAGCCAGAGUGGAGGGGGAGGGGGGACCCCCGUUGGCUAAGCCAGCUCCAGUUACAAGACAACACUGUACUCCUGGGAUAUGGGGGUGGGGGCAGGGCGGGGGUGGGUGGGGGGAACUCACGGAAAAUAUCGUGCACUGGAGUUGUCUGAAUUGAUAUUUCUUUUCGUCCUUUGGUAUUGUUGAUCCGUCCCCAGUCAGGCUCAUGUACAAAGGCAUGUUUCGUGUUGAUUGUUCCCAUGUAAGAUAUUUUCAAAGCCACUGCUUAUUAUUUGUUAGGAAAAUUUAAAAACAGAAAAAGAACGAAACAAAGAAAACAACAAAAAAGGAUUAAACUGGCUGCUUCUGGAAG